AGGAUUUGUAUAUGCUGUAAACUCUAUAAAAGAAUAAUCUCAAUGAAAGAAAAUUAUUCAUGUGGAACCCUAUUCUUCAACUUGGUAUCAGAGCUAGCAAUUUGCUUGCCGAAAUCCUCCUUCUUCCUCUCUUUCAAUCCCUGUUCUCUAAAACCAUGUCGGAUAUUUCAAACGAGUCCACUACUGUUCCUCAACCUUCUCUGAACAAUCCCAUCAUCACUGAUUUUUCAAAAAUCAGUCCUACCACCUCAGAAUCUCACUUUGUCCAAAUCACCACAAUUCGCUUGAAUGGUGACAACUUUCUGAGAUGGUCUCAAUCAGUUCGGAUGUACAUCAGAGGACGUGGAAAGAUGGGUUACCUGAUGGGUGAAAAGAAGGCUCCUGCAGUGGAUGAUCCGAACUAUGCCAUAUGGGAUGCUGAGAAUUCCAUGGUGAUGACAUGGCUUGUGAAUUCUAUGGAAUAAGACAUUAGCUCUAAUUACAUGUGUUAUCCAACAGCACAAGAGUUGUGGGAGAAUGUAAAUCAGAUGUAUUCUGAUUUAGGGAAUCAAUCACAGAUUUUUGAAUUAACCCUCAAACUUGGUGAGAUACGACAAGGGGAGGACAACGUCACAAAGUACUUCAACUACUUGAAGCGGAUCUGGCAAGACCUUGACCUCUUCAACACCUAUGAGUGGAAAUCUGCCGAGGAUGGACUUCAUCAUAAGAAGAGCAUGGAAGACAAUCGGAUCUUCAAGUUCUUGGUUGGCCUUAAUGUCGAGUUUGAUGAGGUAAGGGGGAGAAUCAUUGGAAGACAACCCCUGCCUUCAAUUGGUGAAGUUUUUUCAAAAAUUAGAAGAGAAGAGAGUCGGAGGAAUGUGAUGCUGGGCAAGAAGGGACCUGGAGUUGCUAUUGAAGGUUCAGCCUUGGUUACCACGGGUGGAGGCUAUAAUAAAGCUGUUGCGUUUCAGCACAAAUCAGAUGAAAGACCAUGGGUUUGGUGUGAUUUUUGCAACAAACCUCGCCAUACUUGUGAGAAUUGUUGGAAAAUCCAUGGGAAACCUGCAAAUUGGAAAGGAAAAACAGGUGACAAACCAGGCCGAGCCAUUAUUCCUACUGCUAAUGAGGCUGAAACCAUCCCCUUCACCACUAAGCAAAUGGAGCAUCUUCUUGCACUGCUGAAAUCCAACUUGACAUCCGGUACUUCUAGUGUUUCUUUGGCACACACAGGACCAGAGCUCGGGGAAGACGAUUGGCAGUGUUAGGAUGAUCAGUGGUCUCUAUUAUUUCGAGGAUAAUUUACCUAGUAAUAAAAUUGCUCAAGGACUAAGUAGUAUUAGUUCUCUUUCUAUUCGUGAUCAAAUAAUGGUUUGGCAUUGCAGAUUAGGCCAUCCUAGUUUCUCUUAUUUAAAACAUUUAUUUCCAGUGUUAUUUCAAAAGGUUGAUCCUUUUUCAUUUCAAUGUGAAAGUUGUUUAUUGGCAAAGAGCCAACGAAAAACUUACAUUCCAAAACCCUACUAUACAUCAAAACCAUUUUAUUUUUUUCACAGUGAUGUUUGGGGACCUUCAAAAGUAACCACAAUUUCAGGAAAAAAAAUGGUUUGUGACCUUUAUAGACGACCAUACACGUCUUUGUUGGGUAUAUUUAAUGAGGGAAAAAUCUGAAGUCGAAAGGAUUUUUAAAGAAUUUUACAGAACGAUUGAAAACCAAUUUCAAACAAAAAUCAGUAUUUUGAGAUCUGAUAAUGGGACUGAGUACUUUAAUAAAGUUUUGGAAACCUUUUCAAACGAGAAAGAAAUUUUACAUCAAUCCUCGUGUUUUGAUACCCUUGAACAGAAUGGAAUAGCUGAACGUAAAAAUAAACACUUGUUAGAAGUAGCACGGAUUAUGAUGUUUUACAUGAAUAUUCCAACAUACUUAUGGGGGGAUGCCAUACUAACUGCUUCAUAUCUAAUCAACAGGAUGCCUACAAAAAUUUUGCAGUAUACCACUCCUUUGGAGUGCUUGAA